AUGUGUGAAAAUAAUGAAAAUAUAAUUUGGACCAUUAAAAAUGGUGAAGUGGAUGCUGUGCAAAAUGCAUUUGACAACUCGAAUCGCAAUGUUAAUGACUUAAUUGGGGAACGAACUCCAUUGCAUUAUGCCGCCGACUUUGGGCAACUGAAGGUGCUCGAGUAUCUUGUGCAGAUCGGAGCCGAUGUCAACAAGCUGGAUAAGUAUGGCAUAACACCCUUGCUGGCUGCCAUCUGGGAGGGGCAUACAACAUCCGUUGAGUAUCUGCUGCAGCAUGGAGCCAAUAAAGUGGGUACAACGCCCACUGGACAGAAUUAUGUGGAGGCAGCGGAAAAGGAUGAAAUCAAGCAAAUGCUUGAGAAUAUCAAUACGGAAUAAAAACGUUAAUUAUUGAAGAAGUUCAAAGCAGAUUUGCUGUCUAUUAUAUUUAUCGAUUUUGUUGCGAAUUUUGUUGUGUAAAAUAUAGUUACUUUUGUCAAGUA